AUGGCUUCCUCCGAGCUGCCCCCUCACCCCGCAGUAGGUGACCACCUUGCCCUGGAGACCCCCAGCCCCCUGCCCCACAGCGAGGAGGACCUCGGCGAAGCCUUCGACUUUGAAGACAGCGAGGAAGAGGAGGAGGAGGAGGAAGAAGACUCGGCGGCUGAGCCGAGCGGUGAAGCGGUCCUCCAGGCACCCCCGCGCAGGCGGCGUGCUGCCAGCUCCGGUGCCGGUGAGGGGGGCAGGCGGGGGGGCCCCAAGUCCCCGCCGUCCCCCCACGUCGGUGCCAAGACCUGGAAGAGAAAAAGCGGCCACCGAGGUGAGCGCUUUGAGUUCCCAGCGGUGGAGGACGACGUGAUCUACGACGACGUCCCCUGCGAAACCCUCGAUGCCAAGCAGGACGGCCCGGGGCCGGAGCGCAGCCUGAUCUACGAGGAGGUGCAGCGCGGCGAGGGGCCGCGGGCGGGUGAGGAUUUGGGCUGGAGCUCCAGUGAGUUCGAGAGCUACAGCGAGGAUUCGGGCGAGGAAACCAAGCCAGAGGCUGAGCCGACCAAGCAGCGGGCGUCCUUCCAGCCCAAGCUUUCUCCAGACCUGAAUAGACUAAAGGAGAGAUACGCCAGGACUAAGAGGGACAUCCUGGCUUUAAGAGUUGGGGGGAGAGACAUGCAGGAGCUGAAGCAGAAGUACGAUUGGAAGAUGACCCAGCUGAUGAAAGCGGCCAAAAGCGGCACCAAGGAUGGUUUGGAGAAGACCAAGAUCGCUGUGAUGAGGAAGGUGACAUUCCUCCACCGGAAAGAAGUGCCAGCUCGGUCGGAUUACAGGAACCCGCUGAUGGAGAUGGAGCCGAAGGUGCUGAGCGCUAGGAAGUGCCAGGUGGUGUUCUUGGGCCUGAAGGAGAUCCUGCAGUGCCACUCCAUGUUCCAGAUCGCCCUCGCCUCCCGCGUGGCCGAGUGGGACUCGGCAGAGAAGAUCGGGGACCUCUUUGUGGCCUCGUUCUCCAAGUCGAUGGUGCUGGACGUCUACAGCGACUACGUCAACAACUUCACCACUGCCAUGUCCCUCAUCAAGAAGGCUUGUCUCACCAAACCCGCCUUCCUCGACUUCCUCAAGAAGAGGCAGAUGGCCAGUGCUGACCGGGUCACACUCUACGGGCUGAUGGUGAAGCCCAUCCAGAGGUUCCCCCAGUUCAUCCUGCUUCUGCAGGACAUGCUGAAAAACCCCCCCAAGGGCCAUGCCGACCGCCUGUCCCUCCAGCUGGCCCUCACUGAGCUGGAGACGUUGGCAGAGAAGCUCAAUGAGCAGAAACGCUUGGCCGACCAAGUUGCUGAAAUCCAACAGCUCAGCAAGAGCAUCAGCGACCGCAGCAGCCUCAACAAGCUGCUGAGCUCAGGGCACCGGCAGCUCCUGCUGCGCGAGACGCUGACGGAGACCGUGUACGGUGACCGGGGGCAGCUCAUCAAGUCGAAGGAACGGAAGGUUUUCCUCCUCAACGACUUGCUGGUCUGCGCCAACAUCAACUUCAAGCCAGUGAACCCAGGAGGCCAGCUGGAAAUUAGCAGCCUGGUGCCCCUGGGUCCCAAAUACGUGGUGAAGUGGAGCACGGCCCUCCUGCAGGUACAGGUGGUGGAGGUGGGACAGGAGAGCGGCGCCUACGACAAGGACAACGUCGUCAUCCACAACGCCGGGGCCAAGAAGCACACGCCGACCGGGCAGUCCUCGCACAAUAAAGUCUACCUGGGGCCACCGCGGCUCUUCCAGGAGCUGCAGGACCUGCAGAAGGACCUGGCGGUGGUGGAGCAGAUCACCCUUCUCAUCAGCACCUUGCAUGGCACCUACCAGAACCUGAACAUGACGGUGGCCCAGGACUGGUGCUUGGCUCUGCAGAGGAUGAUGAAGGUGAAAGAGGAGGAGAUCCACUCUGCCAACAAGUGCCGUCUCCGUCUCCUGCUGCCUGGGAAGCCGGACAAGUGAGUUUGCAGGUCAUGCGUAGGCUCUUCCCACCCUGGGAAGGAGGAUGCUGAAGGCUGACUGGUGAUGCUUGCCCCACGCAGGUCUGGCCGCCCCAUCAGCGUCAUGGUGGUCUUCAUCACUCCAAACCCCCUGAGCAAGAUCUCCUGGGUGAACCGCCUGCACUUGGCCAAGAUAGGACUGCGGGAGGAGAACCAGCCGGGCUGGCUCUGUCCUGACGAAGACAAGAAGAGCAAAGCUCCUUUCUGGUGCCCCAUCCUCUCCUGCCACAUGCCUGCCUUCUCCUCCAAGGCCCUCGACCUGCAGCUUGGUGCUGCGGUCCACAACCCCGUGCAGUCCUCGCUGCUUGGCUUUUCCGCCGUCAGCACCUCGCUGCCGCAGGGCUACCUCUGGGUGAGCAAACCAACCCCAAAACGGGGCAAAACCCCCUGGAUAUGGGUCAUGCUGGCUGCAAACCGCCGCUCCAGUGCUUGUGGCUGGUGCUAACACCCAUUUGCUGCUCUCUGCAGGUUGGGGGGGGCCACCCGGGAGCCCCGAGCGACCACCGAGCAGCCCCCCACGUCCCCGCAUCCCACCGUGUGCUUGGGGUUGCGGGACGGCAGCAUCGUGGUCUAUGGCAGCGUGGACGCGGGGACGCAGUGCCUGUUGACCUGCAAAAGCCCGGGCGUGCAGCCCGUCCUCUGCUUGAAGCACAGCCCCGAGUACCUGUUUGCGGGGUUGCAGGAUGGGACCGUGGCCGCCUACCCCAGGAGCAGCGGGGGGCUGUGGGAGCUGGCGGAACAGCCCACCCGCCCGGCCGUGGGCAACGGCCCCGUGCGACAAACCUUCGAGGCCCACCCGGACGCGGAGGCCAGCGUCACGCACAUGAUCAAGGCGGGCAGCGGGGUCUGGAUGGCCUUUUCCUCGGGCUCCUCCAUCCGCCUCUUCCACACCGAGACACUGGAGCAUCUGCAGGAGAUCAACAUUGCCACCAGGACCACCUUUGUCCUCCCAGGUCAAAAACACGUCCGUGUCACCAGCCUCCUCAUCUGCCAAGGUUCGCUCUGGGUGGGCACCGACCAGGGCAUCAUUGUGCUGCUGCCUGUGCCCCGCUUGGAGGGCAUCCCCAAAAUCACUGGAAAAGGCAUGGUGUCCCUCAACGGGCACGGCGGCCCCGUGGAGUUUUUGGCGGUGGCGUUGAGCACCCUGGCACCCGACGUGCUCAAGGGUGACCAGGAGGAGGAAGAAGAGGUUGAAGAAGAGAAACCUCAUGAGCUGGACGGCCCCCCGCCUCGGGAAAUGAGAAAAAAAGGGAUUUUAUUACAAUAUCGCCUCCGGUCCACUUCCCACCUCCCCGGGCACCUGCUGUCGGUGCGGGAAGCGCCGGCGAGCGGCACGCCGGCACACACCGAGGAGGACGGCUCCAUCUACGAGAUGGCCGACGACCCCGACGUCUGGGUGCGGAGCCGUGCCCUGGUGGCAUCUCUGAGGGUCGCAGUGGUGGUGUGUCCCAAAGGUGCCCUGGUGGCAUCUCUGAGGGUCGCAGUGGUGGUGUGUCCCCAAGGAGUGCUGUGGUACUAUGUCCCAAAGGUGUUCUGA